AUGGUCGCACAAUUACAACAAGAUGGACUCAAAUGGAACAACAUGCAUCGACAAGCACAAGAGAUUGUACACGCUUGCACACAAUGUCAACAAAACAACAUUGCAAAACAAGGCUAUCAACCUUUACGUCCUAUACAUGCAUUUCUUCCUGGUGACCAUUGGGCUAUCGAUCUCGCUAGUGGAUUCGACAAAAGUCAUAAUGGCAACCUCUACAUACAUCUUGGUUAUGGUAGAUCGGUUAUUGACACUUUUUGCGAUUAUGGAUUCCCUCGCUAUCUACAAUCUGACAACGGCACUGAAUUCGUCAACACUUUGAUGCACAAGUUAAGGAAUGCCGCAGGCUUUGAUAAUCGACUUACUACACCUUACCACCCACGAGCUAAUGGAUUAGCUGAACGUUUCGUCCAAACGUCUAUCAAUACAAUCCGCAAAAGCAUUAAUGGAGCCACCAGGGAUUGGGAUUUAUACGUCAAACCAACUCAACUAGCACUCAACAGCAAAGUGGCCAGCAUACACGGAUCUUCACCAUUUGCCUUGAUGUUCAAUCGCGCCAUGAAUGGAUUCCGUAAUUACAACAAUGAUGAUAUACCACAGCCACUCACCGAAAAAGAGCUGAUGGAUCGCAUUGAUCACAUGUCCAAUACGGUUUUCCCGGCAAUAUCAGAAAGAGCACAGGCAUUACAAAAGCUCAAGAAAGGUCGACAUGAUGCUAAGUACAAGAUGAUACAUUUUCCUCCAAACAGCAAGGUCAUGGUCAAGGAUGUACUACGCAGUAAGAAGAUGGAUCCACGUUACGACGGACCUUACACUGUCGUCAGGGAAACUACAGGUGGCUCUUACGUUCUUCGCGAUGAACAAGGGUUACUCGCAGCCAGAAACUUUGCACCAUCACAGUUGAAAAUGGUAUCACAAGAUGAAUUGGUGGAUGUCAACGAGCUAUAUGAACAUGAAGGCCAAUAUUACACCAUUCAAUCUAUUGUGGAUCAUAAACAACUUGCACCUCGCAACUACAUGUACAGGGUACGAUGGGAAGGUUAUUCAGCAAACGAUGAUACUUGGGAACCACCCGAAUCAUUUAACAGCACACAACCUAUUGCAGAGUACUGGAACAAGCUUGGCCGUAUACCACCACACGAUUAUUCCAUCGAUGGCAACAUAACCCAGCACACUGACACAGGGAAACAUGCACGCAAGAGAUCACGACCUCAUUCUGCCAAUACUUCAACACGCAAAAGCAAGCGUUUACGUUCUUCACAACGAUAA